ACUGACAUGAUACCUAGAAAAUCGUGCCGAAUAUGGCUGCUUUCGUUGGAGAAGCAGAAAUGAUUGAUGAUCAAACCUUAAGUGUAGAUAGCAAUGACGCCUUUCCUACAACUAAAAGGCGAGGUAGACCUAUCAGCUCAGGACUUUCAAUAUUCCGGGCCUUUCUUCUGGAAAAGGGCCUACAUGCGAGCGUGGAAACGAAUUACACUUCAAAACAACUGGACGGUUUGUUGACAAAUUUCUACAUGGAAUUGAAGAGGACCGACGGCAAACAUUAUGACAGUUUGGCCGUGCGGGUCAUCCAGUCCGCUCUGCGGAAACAUUUUCUGAAACUAAGAAAUGAAGACAUUGUCAUUAGUAAAAGAUUUACCACUUCCAACAGAAUGUUUCAUGAGGUAUACACGAAAUCCUUUAACGAGAGAGAUUUCCGAGAGAACCCCUUGAAUAGGAGAAUUAUACAGAAAAUUCCUAUUCAUCCUGAUGACAUAGAUAAACUUUAUAACACGGCCUUCUCAACAGAUUCCCCAAGGUCGCUUAAGCAAAAGGUUAUGUUUGAGUAUAUUUACUUUUUUUGUGAGAGUGGCUUUGACCACAUAAGGCUGGUGCAGAAAGAGGAUUUCGUGUUUUCCAGAGAUGCAUCGGGGAGGGAAUAUGUGACCGUUAGAGAGAGAUAUACAAUGAAGAAUAAAUUCCAUUGUUCCAAAUUAAAGCAGAAUCGGGGGAAAAUUGUCAUGCAGCCAGUCAGAAUGUAUGACAGACAGGGUGAUCCCAUGUGCCCAGUGGCAUCUUUGAAGAAAUAUUUGAUGAAACUGAGCCCAGAAAACCCAUUCUUUUGGCAGCGACCCAAAACAAAAUACAACCACUCUGAUGUCGUAUGGUAUGAAGCUGAGACAAUACGAUGGGAUAAAAAAUCAACGGGAAAGGUUUCAUUGUGGGCUCUAAUGAAGAAUCUGAGUGUAGAAAGUAACCUUAGUAAAAUAUAUUGCAACAGUAAUAUAAGGGCCACCAACAUACAGAUACUCAACAACCAACCAGAGGAGGCCUGCCAAAUAUCAGCAACCAUUGGCUGUGAAACUGACCAAUCAAUUGAGGCCUGUGAAAUAUCAGCAACCAUUGGCUGUGAAACUGACCAAUCAAUUGAGGCCUGUGAAAUAUCAGCAACCAUCGGCAGUGAAACUGACCAAUCAGCUCACAGGUCACUAUAUCCUGAUUGUCAAGACUAUUUUGUAAUCAGUGUUGAGAGAGAUUCCCCUACUGAGACUGAUCAUGGUCACCAAGACUCUUGUAAAAAUUGUGAUAAUGAGAGAGAUACAUGUACCCCUAUUAAGACUGAUCUUGGUCAGCAGGAGUCUUGUAGUGAUGAUAAAACAGAUACUUCCAUAAGGAACGAAUAUAGAAAUAUUUUGUUUGGAGAAGCAGCAAAUGCCUGGAAGCAGCUGAUUGGACGAUUUGACUGGCUCCAUGACAGUGAGAUAGCCCAACAUUUGAUUGAGGUGCAUGAAGUUCAUUGUAUGAGGAAGGGCGUCUGUCCUCUGGAGAGAACACCUGAGGCACGGAACGCGAGUCCCAUCCACGGAACAAGGAGCUCAGAUGGGAUUCCAACAAGAGAAUCGGAAGAAACAGAAGACAUUCCAUUUCAAUCAGAAGUUGAUGAAGACACUGAUUCCGUUGAUGAAGAUGCUGAUUCUAUUGAUGAUGACUCCAGUGAUGACAGUGACCCUGACCUGGAGGAUGAAGAGGUAGCCAGUUUGGAGGAAAUUAGAGAAGCUUUAUUCUCCAUGGACAAUGCCCCACAAAAUCCUGGAUCUACCCAGCAAGCGGAGAACAGAGUCUCUAAUUCAAACCAAGAAGCAGUGAUUUCAUGGGGAGAUAACCCUUUCCAAGCAUCAUCAGUAGUAAAUCAAGAACCUGCUGAAAGUUACUCAAAUACAGGGAAUUCUACAGUGACAAAUGUGAAUUCCAGUUCACCUUCCACACGAGCAUUUUCUGAAGUCCUGAAUUUGCCUCAGUCUGAGACAGUUGAACCAGUUAUGAGAAGUUCCUCUCCCUCCUCAAAUAUUUGUGAAAGCUUAUCAACUCAUGUUCAGAAUACAUUGGAUACUCCUGAAGUAAUUUGGCACCAAACAGCAGACAUAAAGACUGAAGAAAUAGGAGAUCAAGCUGUAGACACAUGGACUAAUGUGGCUCAAGCCCCACUGCACUCCACACUGUUAACAAAACAGACUCUUAACUCGGAUACAGGAGAAGCAAAUCAAGAGAUUCCACCUGCUUCACGUGAGAUAUUGAUAAAACAAGAAAGGCAGGCUUCAUCUGAUGAGACAAUUAUAAUAGGAGGACAAAAAAUUUCUCUGGCUUCGGUCGUACGAGGACAAUGGGUGUCACCUGCCUCAGGUGUAGGAGGACAACAAAGUUUACCUGCUUCAGGUGUGACAAAGAAAACAGAAGAACUACAGGAUUCACUUGAUUCUAGUGGGACACUAUUACCAGGAGGAGGGCAGACAUCAGGUGCCUUAGGUGAAGCAGGAAAGAAAAUUUCACCUGCAUUAAUAUUAGGUGUGCCAUUAGUAACAGAGGGAAAGCAGACUUCACUCUCCACAGGUGAUUUACUGGUUAAGGCAGGAAAGCAAGCUUCACAAAAUGGACGUCAGCGGGUGAAUAAAUGUCAAAAACAAAUAAAAAAGAAAGAUCUGCCUAGUUCCAAGAAAUCCCAAUCCACAGUGUACAGUGACCCCCCUGACAGACCCCCCAGUUCCUUCAUGCUGUGGCUGAAUGCCCACAGGAAGAAAAUAAGGAAGCAGAACCCGGGACUGGGCACUAUAGAGUUUAGCAGAAAAGCUGGAGAAAUGUGGAAUGCCCUGGAAGACAAAACAAAAUGGAAGAAGAAGGCCGCAAAAUCCAGGAAAGAGUAUGAAAAGAUAAUGAAGGAGUUGAGAGAUCAGAGGGCUGAGAGACAGAGGGAGGCUGCUGAUGAAGAGAAAAAGGAAUUGUCAAAGAUCUGCAGGGAAUCGGCGCUAUCACUGAGGAAUAGAAAAAUUCCAAAGAGCUGUACUAAAUCCAGAUCAUCAAACCAAGCAGAGCUGAGAACUAAUAAUAAGAGCAAAGGAUCAUCAGCAGCAGCAUUAUCAUCAUCAUCAUCGUCAGUAUUUUCAGGAUGAGCUUGAUCUGGUAGUGAAGACAAACCCUCAAAAAGAAAAUUCAAGAAGGAUGAGGACUGUAAGGAAAAUCCAAAAAUAUAAGAAGAAUGUAAAAAGGACACUGGAAAAAAACCUGUCUAAUAAUCCAAGAAAAAAAUGUGAUGGGCUGGGCACCAGCAAAAGAUUUGUAACAGUGAAGGAGAAAAUGAAAGUAGAAUGUGAGGACCAGUCAAAUAAUCAAGGCUUCCCCCAUUAGUCAAGCAAAUUAUUUACUGAGUCUCAUAUUUUUGAAUAAAAACUAAAAUACUU